AUGACACCGUCGUGGAACCAGCGACCAGGGCGAGAUCUACCAAGACCUAGAUGGGGACAGACAGAUCAAAGGAUUAAAAUUCCUAAAUGCCCAAAUUCUUCCCCUCGGCAACCUCUGCCCUCUUACCUACCCAGAUUAAGACCCCGAAGGCCCCCCACAGACUUUGGGCCUUUAGAAAGCUUAGUGAAGGGUGUGUGUCAUUGGAAGGAAACUGGAGUAUCCACGGCAAGUGGCUACCAUGCCAGACAUGCUGAAUCAAGCCCAGUGCGGCCACGAAUAGUGACCGUGGUACGGCCUUGCAGAAAGGACAGUCUGCGUAAAAUCUCCCUGCUAUUAAACCGCCGUGCGGUGCAGACAUUUGAGCAGCUAAUGGCAGAUGUUUCUGAAGCACUCGGUUUCCCUUGCUGGAACAACGCUCGAAUACAGCGCCUCUUCAGCCCUGCUGGCCGAGAGAUCCACAGUCUUUCUGACUUCUUCCUCUUUGACCAUGCCUUCCUGGCCUUUGGAAACAGCCGACCAUCACUUGAUGAGGUCUGUGCAGCACUGGAUGAGUUAUAUCCUGAAAACCCUGACUACUGUGAACAUCUACUCAGGAUAUGGGAGCGUAUAUUGAGACCCAAGGCCACCAAGGCAGAUAGUGGUUUCCAUGAUGAUGACCCUGGGGCUGAGUUGUCUCUACCUGCUGUAACUGAUCAGCAGGUAAACCGACUAGCAUCCAACAACUUGCAGCCUGUUGGAGUGCAAGGAAGGCAAAGAGGGGCUAAGAGAGAAAGACAGAAAGGAGAAAGAGAGCUGUGGAGAAGGAAAGGUGAGCUGCAGAAAGACGAGAAGGAGCCAAAGAAGGACGAGAGAAAGAAAGAACCUGUUUACUGCAGGAGCUGUCAAGGAUGUGGCCCACUUUUACCUCCAAUCAGAAGCAAACUAACAGCAGACAAACAUGUUGCCAACCCAAACUCUAACCAGUAUAACACUCAGAAUAUGAAAACAAUAAUUGAGACACCAGCUCAGCAGGACAUUAAUAAGCAGGAAGCAGCAGAAGAGAGGGUCAUGCAGGGUGAUCUACUUCCUGAUGGUGCUGAAGUGUCUCUGGAGGACAUUGAGCAUUGCUAUGACAUGGGCCGCGUGGUAGGAGAUGGGAACUUUGCGGUGGUAAAGGAGUGCCGUGUUCGUGGCCUAGCUGAAGCUUUUGCUAUGAAAAUUGUGGACAAUGCUAAGCUGCAGGGACGCGGGCACAUGAUCCAGAAUGAGAUUGCUCUGUUACGCAGUCUGGAACAUCCCCGCCUCAUCCAGCUGUUUCGUUCACAUCACACAGACACUCAUGUUUACCUGCUAAUGGAGCUGGUCACCGGUGGAGACCUGUUUGAUGCUAUCUCUCAGAGCGGCAGGUUUAGUGAGCCAAGUGCUGCAUGCAUGAUCAGGGACAUCAGUCAGGCUCUGCAAUAUAUCCACAACAAGAGCAUUGCACACAGAGACAUCAAACCUGAAAACCUACUGGUCCAGCGCCAUGACAAUGGAAGUUUGAAUCUGAAGUUGGCUGAUUUCGGAUUAGCCAUGAUAAUAACAGAGCCAGUUUUCACAGUUUGUGGCACACCUACAUAUGUAGCUCCAGAGAUACUUGCUGAGACAGGUUAUGGUGUUGAAGUAGACGUUUGGGCAAUGGGUGUUAUCCUCUUUGUGCUGCUGAGUGGGUUUCCCCCAUUCCGCAGUCCAGAUCGCAAUCAAGAGGAACUGUUCUGUCUCAUCCAGAGGGGAGAGGUCCACUUUCUGUCCCCUUACUGGGACAACGUGUCUGAGGGGGCUAAAGCUCUUGUCAGGGCUCUGCUGGAGGUAAACCCUACAAGGCGCUUGACAGCUAGUCAAACUCUGCAGCAUGACUGGCUUCAACAUGUAACAGCACAGUAAGACCAUAAGGGGGCGACAAAGACUACGGACUCAACAAUUGAGAGAGCCAAUCAGCAGACACUAAGUAGACCAGAGAAACAUGUCAAAAAUCAGAGGGAAACUCACAAAUCAGAAAUGGUGGCAGAGAAAUGUAAUGUAGUACAAAUCAAUGAGAACAAAAUGAACAAUAAAUAUGAACCAGAUAUUAACACACAAGACAGAAACCAGCAGACUCAAGACAGACAUAAAAUCUCAAGUGACAAACAAAAUUCUUCCCACAAAGAAGGCACCACCAUGACCGCGCAAUAUCCCACAGAACAGCCCAAACCUGAGAAACCAGCACAACGAGAAGACACUGGAAAAAAACAAGAGUGA